AUGUCCAUUAGACAAAGAACCGCUGGAGCAGAAGACACAGGCAGUGGCAGCAAAACGAUGGAACGUCCAGCCACUCAAUCGACGAAUCGACUUUCUUUCUAUCAUGAAUUAGAAGAAUGGCAACAGGAUAAUCAUUACAUUAGAUCAGGGUAUGUGAAAGGAACAAAUAGUUUCCAAGAGUGUUUGAAAUCAUUGCUGUACCUCCACAAUGAGACCGUCAACAUUUACUCCCAUCUUAUUCCUUCAAGCAUGAUAAUGGCGGCAGUUAUAUAUUAUGUCAACUACCAAUUGACAAUUUACCCUAAUUACUUGGGAUUCUGGGAAAAACUUAAUUUUUUUCAAUUUGGAUUAGCUAGCACCCUCUGUAUGUUCAUGUCAUCUACAUUCCAUUGUGUUAAAGCCCAUUCCCACCGGGUUUCAAGAAUUGGAAAUCAGUUGGAUUAUUUUGGUAUAGUCAUUUUGAUCACCUGUUCGUUAAUUUCGAUUAUUUUGUUUGCAUUCUAUGAUAACCCAUUCUGGAAGUAUGCUUUUGUUGGACUAUUCUUGACUCUUGGUUCCAUUUGUACGGUUGUUACUCUUGAUCCUAAAUUUUCAACGAAUACCUAUCGUCCAUUUAGGUCGCUCAUGUUUAUAUUGUUUGGCUUAUCGGGGGUAUUUCCAAUAAUUGCUGCCAUCAAACUAUACGGAUAUCAAAACGCACUUGAACGGUCUACGGCCAGAUGGCUUGUUUUGGAAGGGUUCUUCUAUAUAUUUGGGGCUACUUUAUAUGCAAUGAGGUUCCCAGAAAGAUGCACCCAUAAAGACAUGAGCGAAGAGGAACAUUCGUUAUUGGAGCAUCCAAUCAAGGGAACCUUCGACAUAUUUGGCCAUUCUCACCAAAUCUUCCAUGUAAUGGUUGUCAUUGCUGCUUUUUGCCAUUGGCUAGCCUUAGUUGGCUGCUAUCACUAUUUGCAUCAAUAUACUUUAGCAUAG